AUGGCAGAGCUCAGAGAUAACCUCAGGAAAAGGUGGGAUGUUUGCAGAGAUGUGCCUCCCAUCGAAGCUCAGAAGACACCAUGGAAGCUGGUCAAGGUUCUCCGUUUACUGUCUAUCACCCUGGUGGCCGUAGUUGUGUUCGGUCUUGCUGUGGGAAGCAAGGUCGUGGUUGUUGAGUCCCUGGUGGGUCUGGGAUCAGCGGUGCUCACUGUGGUGGCAAUGCCACAUUUCGGCAUUGUCACCAACGCUAUGAUCCUGAACAGUUUGAGUCUCCUCUCCUCCAUCCUCCAGGUCGCUGCCCAAAGCUAUGUGCUCUUCAUUGUGAGUUACCUGCUUCCAGAGGGGGGGGAAAGGAUGGAGCUCUGGGUGGGGUUGGGUAUCGGCUCUGCCCUCCUGGUGUCCCUCACCUGGUGGCAGAACUACUUCACACUGUUCAACAACAGCUUCCUGGAUGACCUGGUUAAAGAUAUGGAGAGGAGCAGGACCGUGGUUCACAUCCUCUCCAGUGUGGUCAGGAUCUUGGUGACAGGGGCUGUGGUUGGAGCCUACGUCCCCCUCUCUGGCAGAGACUGGUCAGCACUAACCUCAGUCCAAGAGAAAGAGAAACAGCUGGUACUGAUUGUGAUGGCUAUCCAGGUUGGGUGUGCUGCCGUGUGUCACUGGUUUGCAGUGGUGGCCUGUAAGAUGCACGCACUGCGCCACGCCUUCGUCCUGCCCUUAUACCUGGCUUCCAUCGCUGUUCUGGCCGUGUUCCUGGUGCCCAUCAGUCUCGCCUUCAAAGACUCGAACCGCUCGCCCCAAGCGAACUACACCUUCACACAGUACUGCGCUGACGUGAGAAGCGACAAGGUCGCCAACCUGGCUCCCGACUGGUUCCAGGGUCUGGUCAUGGAUGUCACUCGGUGUCUGUGCCUGAGGGAGAUGUCAGAGGAGAUGAACAUCGUCUACAUAGGAAGUGCUUCCCUCUGCUGGUGGCUGGGGCUAGUGCUGUCCACCGUCUACAUCCUGUUUCUGAAAGUGGGGCGUAUAGAGAGGACCCAGGACUUUUUCGUCAGGAGGAUGUACGAGGGGACGUUUCUCGAGCAGUCCCUUCUGCUCAACACGCGAUUCGUGGUCAGACGCAAGGAAGAAAAAAGGAGUAAAUGUGAGAAAGUGAACGUGUUCCUGUGUGCUACUAUGUGGCAUGAGUCAUAUGAUGAAAUGAUCAAGAUGUUCAUCUCCAUGUUCAGACUGGACAAAUACAGGCCAAAGGAUAACAGCCACCAGGAUGUCGAGUUUGAGUCCCAUGUCUACUUUGACGAUGCUUUUCUAGAUGUGGAGGGGAGCCGAGAUCGACACGUCAACGAAUACGUCAAGACCCUGGUGGAUGCAGUCCGAGAGGUUUACACCAUUUUUCGAGACAGACCGCCCAUGGCCGACCAGUCGAUCCUGAGGACACCCUACGGAGGUCGGCUGGAGUAUUCUCUCCCACACGGAAACAAGCUUAUCAUACACCUGAAGGACAAGAAGAAGAUACGCCACAAGAAGAGGUGGUCCCAGAUCAUGUACCUCUACUACAUCCUUGGCUGGCGUCUCACAACUGGCUACUUUAAGAAACUUGAGAAAGGUGAAAACAGGGAGGAGUUGGAGAAAAGCCUAAAGGUGAAAAACAUGUGGGCACACACACACACACACACACGACUAUGGCAGAAUACAUGUGUGACAUGAGUGCUUCUGUUUUGGGGCUACUUCUAGAAAGAACAGGAUAACACCUAUCUCUUGGCUCUGGACGGAGACACAGACUUCCAGCCCGCUGCAGUGAUGCUGCUGGUGGACAGGCUGAAGCUCUACCCACACGUAGGCGCUGCUUGUGGCAGGAUACACCCCACUGGCACGGGUCCGAUGGUGUGGUACCAGAAGUUUGAGUAUGCGGUGGGCCACUGGCUGCAGAAGACAGCAGAGCAUGUGCUUGGCUGUGUGCUCUGUAGCCCUGGCUGCUUUAGUCUGUUCAGAGGCGCCGCCCUCAUGGACGACAACGUCAUGAAGAAGUACACCAUAACGGCCACGGAGGCGAGCCACUAUGUACAGUACGACCAAGGUGAGGACCGCUGGUUGUGUACUCUGCUCCUGCAGCAGGGCUGGAGGGUGGAGUACAACGCUGCAUCGGACGCUUACACCAACGCUCCCCAGGACUUCAAGGAGUUCUACAACCAGCGUCGCCGCUGGGGUCCGUCCACCAUGGCCAACACCCUGGAUCUGCUUGGUACGGGCUCCAUGACGUCCGAGAAGAACAGCUCCAUCUCCAAGCCCUUCGUCCUCUACCAGGUCGUCAGCAUGGCAGCCUCCAUUCUGGGCCCCGCCACCAUCUGCCUCAUGACCGCAGGAAGCUUUUCAUUUGUUUUCGGAAUCCAUCCCAACUACUCCCUUAUCGUCGCUGUUGUGCCCCCCGUUAUCUACCUCAUACUGUGCUUCAAGCUGAAGUCGGACACACAGAUUACAAUUGCAGCCUUCAUGAGCGUUUUCUAUGCUUUCCUGAUGUUGGGAACAGGCUUGUCCAUCGUUGGUUCCAUGGUGGAGGAGCAGACUAUUUGGACCCCCAGUGGUCUGUUCAUCAUCUGUACCAUUCUGCUGUACACCAUCACGGCCAUUCUCCACCCCCAGGAGGCACCACUGGCCAUCUACGGCCUACUCUACUUCAUCUGCAUCCCCAGUGCCUACCUCCUCCUGGCCAUCUACUCCAUGGUGAACAUGAACAACGUCUCCUGGGGCACCAGGGAGUCCGCAGGAGCCGGCAAGCAGGCAGCCACGCCGCCCAAGACCUUGGGACAGCGCCUCCUACAGGGCUUGCCGGCCUGCUGCAGGUGUCCAUGCUUGAGAGGAGAUGGUAUGGAGAUGAUGCCGGAGGAGACAGUGGUGAUGGGCCAGGAGGUGGGGAUGAGGGGCCAGGAGACGGUCAUGUUGGGCCUGGAGAUGAAUGUGAAGCCACAGGAGAAUAUAAGGUAUCUGGAAUCCCCUCCUCCUCUUCCGGAGCAAUGCUGGGUGACACAACUUCAGAACAGGACUGAGGACUAUAAUUUCAAAGAAGCAUGUCUUCAAGAGGAAGAGGAGAUCUUUUUUAUAGAUCUGCAGAAGCGUUAUCUGGAACCUCUGAAGGAGGACAAAGCGAAGCAGGAUCAGAUCACCAAUGACCUCAAAGACCUAAGGAACAAGGUGACGUUUGUCUACUUCAUCUGCAACGCCCUGUGGCUGGUGGCCACAUUCGUCCUUCAGCUCAUCGGCAGUUCUGUCACCAUCAAGAUCCCCAAAGCCAGCCUGAACCUGACCGCGACGGGGGAGUUCGUCUACAUAGACCCCAUCGGACUCAUGUUCCUUCUGGGGUUCGGAUUGCUCAUCGUAAUUCAGUUCCUGGCCAUGCUGUAUCACAGGAUUUACACCAUGAUCCACUUUGUGGCGUUUGUAGACACAGAAUCCCAGAGUGAGAAAAUUUCAUCCAAAUACAAAUCACCAAGGAGACCAGAGGACAUAGCACAGAGCCUUGACGUCCUACAGCUUGGGGAGAAAGAGAAGAACAACUUGGAGAGCACUGAGGUGGAGAUGUAUCGACGGUAUUCUACUGCAGGGACCAUGGUGUGAGGCACC